AUGUCAAGCGUUUUCCACCCAUAUGAUGCCGCGUUACGGGGCAGCCGGAUCCCAAACCCUUCGGAUCCCCCGGGUCAAGAUCAAAACCAAGAUCAAGAUCAGACGGGUGAGGAGGAGAAUAAUAAGAAGGAGAAGAGUAUUAGAGAGGAGGUUGAGAUGAAUUUGAAGGUUGUAAGGAGGGAAUUGAAUGGGGUAGAGGGCACUGUGGGGAUGAUGGAGAGUUUGUGCAGGUGUAUGUUGAGUGAGAACUUGGAGCAUAGGGGGGAGAAUAGGGGGAAUGAAGUUGAUGAGGAGGAUGAGAAGAAUAGGAUGGAUAAACUCUGGAGACGGGAAGACGGGAGAGACGAGGAGAAGAGGAAGACUAAGGAAUAG